GCGGAGCGCGGAGCGGCGCCGGGACAGCGGGGAGCAGCCGGGCACGGCGGCCACGGCAACCAGGGUCUGGGCCGCGGUUCGGCCGGGCCGGCCGAGCUGGACUGGCCAUUAUGGAGGAGGAGCUGCAGCACUCGCACUGCGUGAAUUGUGUCAGUAGACGGUGUAUGACCAGACCAGAGCCUGGGAUCUCCUGUGACUUGAUAGGUUGUCCAUUGGUUUGUGGAGCAGUUUUCCAUUCUUGUAAAGCUGAUGAGCAUCGACUUUUAUGUCCAUUGGAACGAGUGCCUUGCUUAAAUAGUGACUUUGGAUGUCCAUUUACAAUGGCUCGAAAUAAAGUUGCCGAACAUCUAGAAAUGUGUCCUGCAAGUGUGGUGUGCUGUACUAUGGAGUGGAACCGAUGGCCCGUUAGUUAUGCAGACCGGAAAUCAUAUGAAAAUCUAAGCAGAGAUGUUGAUGAAGUGGCACAAUUAGAUAUGGCCUUGGCCCUUCAAGACCAAAGGAUGCUCUUAGAGUCUCUCAAAGUAGCCACCAUGAUGUCAAAAGCAACUGAUAAAGUAUCAGAACCUAGAGAACAGAUCUCAGUUAAAUCAAGUGUCCCAGAAAUACCACAUACUAAUGGUUUGGUGUCUGUUGAUGAAGACUCUUAUGGUGCACUUUAUCAAGCUACUGUUGAAACAACCAGAAGUUUGGCUGUUGCUUUAGAUAUCCUGAAUACCGCCACAAGAGAUGUUGGCAUGUUAAGUACGAGUCUUUGUGCUUCCGCAAAUGAAAUGAAAGAAGAAGAAAAUGCCAGAGAAAGCUUACAGAACAGAGACUUGAAAGACCAGGACCAUCUUUAUGAGGAUGAGAUAGGAGCAGUAGGUGGGAUUGACCAUAAUGACACAAGUCAGAAUGCCCAGUCUGAACAAAAUGGUUCAAGUGAUUUAUUAUGUGACUUGGAUGCCAGUUCUUAUGGCACUUCUGCUCUUUGUAAUGGCUUUCCUUUGGAAAAUAUAUGUACACAGGUCAUUGAGCAGAAUCAGAAUUUACAUAGUGACUCAAAACAAAGUAACUUAACAAAUAGAGAAUGUGUAGCAUCAGAUGGCCCUUCAGAACCUUCUAGUUCACUUUCAGUAGCAGCACAAGUUAGGGAAGUAAUACCAUCUAAUGCUUUGCCUAAUGGCACAGUUCAGCAUAUCCUCAUGCCAGAUGAUGAUGAAGACUUGUGUUGGAAAAAAGUAGACUUAGGGGACCUAAGGAAUGUGGAUGUCUUAUCUUUCAGUCAUCCUCCUUCAUUCAAAUUUCUUUCUAAUUCAUGUUGGUCUAAACCAACGGAAGAUAAAGCAGUAGAUACAUCAGAUUUGGAAGUUGCAGAAGAUCCAAUGGGUCUCCAAGGAAUAGAUCUAAUCACAGCAGCAUUACUGUUUUGUCUAGGAGAUUCUCCAGGUGGGAGGGGUAUAUCUGAUAGUCGCAUGGUUGAUGUUUAUCACAUCGACUUUGGGACGCAGACCUUCUCACUUCCGUCUGCCAUAUUAGCUACAAAUACAAUGGUUGGAGAAAUAGCUUCAGCUUCAGCUUGUGAUCAUGCCAACCCACAGCUUUCAAAUCCAAGUCCUUUUCAGACACUUGGGCUGGAUUUAGUACUGGAAUGUGUCGCUAGGUACCAACCCAAGCAGCGUCCAAUGUUUACAUUUGUUUGUGGACAGUUAUUUAGAAGAAAAGAAUUUUCAUCCCAUUUUAAGAACGUUCAUGGUGACAUUCAUGCUGGACUCAAUGGCUGGAUGGAACAGAGGUGUCCUUUAGCAUAUUAUGGUUGUACCUAUUCUCAGCGUAGGUUUUGUCCAUCAACACAAGGAGUGAAGAUUAUACAUGACCGCCAUUUGAGGUCAUUUGGAGUUCAGCCAUCUGUAUCUACAGUGUUAAUAGAGCCUGCUAGAAACUGUGUGUUGGGAUUACAUAGUGACCAUCUAAGUAGUCUUCCUUUUGAAGUCCUGCAGCAUAUUGCAGGCUUUCUUGAUGGCUUCAGUUUAUGCCAGCUCUCAUGUGUAUCCAAGUUAAUGAGGGAUGUGUGUGGCAGUCUUCUUCAGUCUCGUGGAAUGGUCAUUCUGCAGUGGGGGAAAAGGAAGUAUCCAGAAGGAAAUUCAUCAUGGCAGAUAAAAGAAAAGGUAUGGCGAUUCAGUACUGCAUUUUGUUCUGUCAAUGAAUGGAAAUUUGCUGACAUCCUAAGCAUGGCUGACCACUUGAAGAAAUGCAGUUACAAUAUUGUAGAGAAACGGGAGGAAGCAAUCCCAUUGCCGUGUAUGUGUGUGACACGAGAACUCACUAAAGAAGGACGUUCACUUCGCUCAGUUUUAAAACCUGUACUUUAAAAACUGUAAUUCCACUUGCACAUACAUGCAAGCACCUAGUAUAAUUUCUUGGUAAUAUGUGACACUUUAUUAAUGUAUUAAAGAUUACAACUAGCUAAAUUCA